ACACUGUGUCCUAUGAUAAAUAUACUGUAUGUGGGUACACUGUGUCCUAUGAUAAAUAUACUGUAUGUGGGUACACUGUGUCCUAUGAUAAAUAUACUGUAUGUGGGUACACUGUGUCCUAUGAUAAAUAUACUGUAUGUGGGUACACUGUGUCCUAUGAUAAAUAUACUGUAUGUAGGUACACUGUGUCCUAUGAUAAAUAUACUGUAUGUAGGUACACUGUGUCCUAUGAUAAAUAUACUGUAUGUAGGUACACUGUGUCCUAUGAUAAAUAUACUGUAUGUAGGUACACUGUGUCCUAUGAUAAAUAUACUGUAUGUGGGUACACUGUGUCCUAUGAUAAAUAUACUGUAUGUGGGUACACUGUGUCCUAUGAUAAAUAUACUGUAUGUGGGUACACUGUGUCCUAUGAUAAAUAUACUGUAUGUGGGUACACUGUGUCCUAUGAUAAAUAUACUGUAUGUGGGUACACUGUGUCCUAUGAUAAAUAUACUGUAUGUGGGUACACUGUGUCCUAUGAUAAAUAUACUGUAUGUAGGUACACUGUGUCCUAUGAUAAAUAUACUGUAUGUAGGUACACUGUGUCCUAUGAUAAAUAUACUGUAUGUAGGUACACUGUGUCCUAUGAUAAAUAUACUGUAUGUAGGUACACUGUGUCCUAUGAUAAAUAUACUGUAUGUAGGUACACUGUGUCCUAUGAUAAAUAUACUGUAUGUGGGUACACUGUGUCCUAUGAUAAAUAUACUGUAUGUGGGUACACUGUGUCCUAUGAUAAAUAUACUGUAUGUGGGUACACUGUGUCCUAUGAUAAAUAUACUGUAUGUAGGUACACUGUGUCCUAUGAUAAAUAUACUGUAUGUAGGUACACUGUGUCCUAUGAUAAAUAUACUGUAUGUGGGUACACUGUGUCCUAUGAUAAAUAUACUGUAUGUGGGUACACUGUCCUAUGAUAAAUAUACUGUAUGUGGGUACACUGUGUCCUAUGAUAAAUAUACUGUAUGUGGGUACACUGUGUCCUAUGAUAAAUAUACUGUAUGUGGGUACACUGUGUCCUAUGAUAAAUAUACUGUAUGUGGGUACACUGUGUCCUAUGAUAAAUAUACUGUAUGUGGGUACACUGUGUCCUAUGAUAAAUAUACUGUAUGUAGGUACACUGUGUCCUAUGAUAAAUAUACUGUAUGUAGGUACACUGUGUCCUAUGAUAAAUAUACUGUAUGUGGGUACACUGUGUCCUAUGAUAAAUAUACUGUAUGUAGGUACACUGUGUCCUAUGAUAAAUAUACUGUAUGUAGGUACACUGUGUCCUAUGAUAAAUAUACUGUAUGUGGGUACACUGUGUCCUAUGAUAAAUAUACUGUAUGUGGGUACACUGUGUCCUAUGAUAAAUAUACUGUAUGUAGGUACACUGUGUCCUAUGAUAAAUAUACUGUAUGUGGGUACACUGUGUCCUAUGAUAAAUAUACUGUAUGUGGGUACACUGUGUCCUAUGAUAAAUAUACUGUAUGUGGGUACACUGUGUCCUAUGAUAAAUAUACUGUAUGUGGGUACACUGUGUCCUAUGAUAAAUAUACUGUAUGCGGGUACACACACACAUAAACACACUUGAGCAUACAGAUAGAAACUCAACACAAAGGGGAAGCAUCAUUCCAUCAUGUUGUGACCCAUAGCAACACUCUGUGAUAAUCUAGUAUCUGCAUAGAACAACAUUUGCGGUAGAGGGACCCGGUCGUCAUGGCGACAACAGUAAAACAGCAAGGAGAAACAGAAAACGCAAAAAUACUUUUGGCAUUGGAUGGAGAAGAGAGUGAAGGGGCAACAGAAUUAACAUGAGUGGAUUGUUUAGUGUGGGCUGGCUAUUGGGAAAAAUCCUUACAAACAAGACUAGAUAUGUCUUAAAAGCCAGAUCCAAAUGGAGUGUUUCUGAAGAGUCUCUUCAGAUGAGAAGAGACUGAAAGGCUGUGGAUUCUACUCAAUGGAAUGUGUGUGUGUCAUUGUGACAUCACUACUACUCUAUAUGUGCGACACAUAGUCUCAUUCAAUUAAAACUAUGCAUAUGCACUAGACCAAGUAUAGACUAUCUACAUGUACCCUGACAUGGACUCCACCUGUGACCGCAGCCAGGGGGACCAGCCAUUUUACUGCCCAGGUUCUAGUCGUGUCCCAUGGUCAAACCAUACCGGUUACAUAUGGUCCAUACUCUGUCAGAUGUUUGGGGAUGACUAGGGAACUCUGCCCCCUGGAGGUUCUCCUCACCUUAACUCCAGCCGUGACAAGGUUAUGAACAACAAAGUGUGAUGUUGUUGCAUGUGUUACCGUGCUGGUCAGAUGGUUCCUCUUACUGGAACAACUGUAGUGCUCCAUCACACACUACAUCAGGGCUGUCAACUCAUUUUGACCCUGGGGUCUCAAUCACUCCUCCACGAGGGCCAGAGAGAGGGCCACGCUGAAAAUCGGUAACAUUUAAUCACCGUCAACAUGGACACAGUCAAGAAACAGACCUCUUUUACACUACUUGGGAAGCCUGUCUGUUAUACUUAGACUGAACCAGUAUGUCCUUUGUGAGGAAACAUCAUUGUUGAUUGGUAACAUAGACCCAGGUGUUGCUUCACCUCCGUUGUUACAUGAAAUACAUGUGUUCUGAUGUUUUUGUCUCAUAUUACCACUGAUUUAUUUAUACUUUCCUUAAAUCAGACAAACAUUGUGAGGGGCAUUUGUUUUGAGGGGCAGGACAUGGGUUGGGUGGGUUACUUUCUACAUGUAAUCCAUUACAGUUACUAGUUACCUGUCCAAAACUGUCAUCAGUAGCGUAACUUUUGGAAUACUCAAAACUCAGAAACGUAAUCUGAUUACUUUCACGCGUUUGGUGUCAUCAUAGUGGUCUCUGACUGGACAGACUCACUCAGCUGGAACAAACUUCAACUUCAAUGUUUUUUAAUGCUGAUUUGAAUGCUAUGGAGAAAACAGAAAGGUUUCAUCAAUUAUUUUGUCACAAACAUCCUUUAUGAUUUAUGAUUUUCAAGUAAUCCAAGUAGUAAUUAUCUAGUUUUUCAAAAGUAUCUGUAAUCUGAUUGCAAUACUUUUGCUGGUAACAUAACUGAUUACAGUUACAGUUUUUUUGUAAUCAGAUUACAUUAAAUCAGUUACUCCCUAACCCUGGGCGGGACUGCUCAACCCUUCUCCAUAGGACCCUUGCUUGUACGGCUCUCUGCUCUGACCCUAACGUGGUUCACCUGACCUGGUUCAUCUUACAACAAACAUAUAUUUAUUAACAUCUGGGUCAGGAGCUAGAGGGGAGGACACACUGGGAGUGCGUCUCUGUGGAGAGGAUGGAGCGGCCUGGGAGUGGGUCUCUGGGAAGGGGUGGAGCGGCCUGGGAGUGGGUCUCUGGGAAGGGGUUGGAGCGGCCUGGGAGUGGGUCUCUGGGGAGGGGUUGGAGCGGCCUGGGAGUGGGUCUCUGGGGAGGGGUUGGAGCGGCCUGGGAGUGGGUCUCUGGGGAGGGGUUGGAGCGGCCUGGGAGUGGGUCUCUGGGGAGGGGAUGGAGCGGCC